GCCAAUUAAGACUGACACUCUUAUGCAGUCGUCUGAUGAAAACGAGCUCUGGUGUCCUAGUCAGUCUCUGUGGAUCCUGAUCGCUGAUCAUGUUCCUGGGUCAGAGCUGUCAGAGAUCUACAGGGCACUGGGCUCCUCCCUGGUUGACGGGUACAAAGCUGCACACACGGAGGCGGAGAAGUUGUUCAAGACGUGGCAGGAUAGCCAGCAGGGAAACAUUGGCAGCAGAGCAGGGACCCCAAUCCCCCGCCUUCAGGGUUCUCCUCUCGCUGACCCCCCUGCAAUCAAAGAGCUGCUGAGAGCUGAGGUCAAGAUGUUACUACAGACGCUCCAAGACAGGGUUGGCAGAGGGGGAAGAGACGAGGAGAUGCUCUUUUCUCGAUACAAACCUGAGAUGGUGGACUACGCCCUGGGUCACCUUGACAGCUAUCAAAGAAACUCUAUCGAUCCAGCAGACUCUGGUUAUGGAAGCAGACCCAGCUCCACCUGUUCAGUCCGGUCCAUUGCCAAGGAUGAGAUCGAGUCAAUGAGAGACAAGCUGAACAUCACUGGCAUUGAUCAAGUGGUGGAAAGGCUAAGGUCUAUCUUAACGGAGGAGUAUGCAGAACUGAAAAGGCUGGUAAAGCAUUUUAAGGAAAACUUUAAACAAAAGUGUUGGUGUCAAUUAGGGAAAUCUGAACCUUCACUUGCAGAGCUGAAAGAGCUAAGAAGAGCUAUACAGAUGGACUUGGAGCUCCACCCUUCUUCUCUGGCUGCUUCGCCCUCAAGAUUCUCUCCUUUACCCCUGGAGAGUUUGAAACACAGACUGUCAGCACACCAGGUUUCUAAUGAGACACUGCAAGGUUUAAGCACCACACCAGCCUUAAAACCACAUCCACUGUCUUCUCUGAGCCAGACCAAACCAAAGCCACCCCUCAGUGCUCCUCCCAAUAAGACCCCUACACCAGUUAAACUCAUUAAAAGUCCUUCACCGUUCAGGACUCAGGGACAGCACAGAAGCACACCAGCCUCUCCUGGACCUGAAAAUAUUCAGACAUCCAUCUGCAGCAGGAUCACCACUUCUGGGCAUACACUCAGCCAAGGCACCACUUCAAGUCCAGAGCCUGGCAGGGACCAGAUAGAGGAUAAGCCCAGAUGGGACUGUGGUGUUCCUCAAGAGCAACAGAAGACCAUUGCAUCUAGUCCUAGUUUUCAAGAAGGAACCACAAGACACUCACCCAUCCCCAUCAUCCAGUCAUCCAAUUGGAGUCACAGCCCGAGGUUACAGCAUGGUUUGUCUCCACAGACAGAGAGGAGAAGAAGUCCUUCUUUGAGGUUGGGGCACAAAAACACUCCCCACCCACCCCCUCUCUGUGACACAGACAGCUACAGCAGCGAUGCUACUGAUCGCUCAUUGUCAACAACAGGAAAUUUGAAGACACAGAAUGGGGGGCAGAAGAACACCUGUGGAGGUAGUGUUAAGUUAGAAACAGUACAGACAGGUAAAAGUGAUCCAGAGAGGUUUAUCAAAGGAUAUUCAGUCUUGUCAGGAAGUAGGAACUCUCCAUCACGGACUGAAACUAAGGAGCGCAAUGACAGAAUGAAUGUUAAUAGAAACAGGGACCUCAAAAAGGAUGUCACUGAGCCCAGAUUUGAACAGUUAAAUAAAAGAGACUUUUCUUCCCUUAAAAGACCAUCCAAAGGUACCAGUCAGAGGCAAGAGGCAAAGACAGAGCUGGAGUUUAUCGGCCAGUUAAAGCAGCCAGUCCCUCCGCCGAGAGUGACAGCUUGAAGUCAGAAACUGAUGCAAAGAAGAAGACACAACAAAGAGUCAAUGUUUUUUUUCUUUUGUGU